AAAAUUAAGACUGGAUGGAAUAAGCUACAAAUCAAAAUUUACAGUAACUUGAUACAAGGGGGUUAAACUGAAGAUGACACGGGCACAGUGGGUGGCAAUGAAAGAAAUGAGCGUUGCAACCUUGGCACUUCCUUUAGUAUGGGAAAAUAAAAUACUUCCUUGGGUUGUCAGCUUGAUGAUGGUGACUCAAGCUGCCUAGCUAGUAACAGAGGUGGAGUUUAAACAGAGAUUGGUUGAAAACAGAGAUCAGUCAGACUGCUGUUAAGGAAGAGCAGUAGUGAGUAAAUAAGACGACUACAGCAUUCAUAUUUAUCUCGUUUCGGUGAUGGCUGCGGAAUAUUCGGUGUCGGAGCUUGGAGAAGAACUACUCUGUUCUAUUUGUCUCGACUUGUUUAAAGAUGCUGUCACCCUACGUUGUGGACACAACUUCUGUCGAGCUUGUGUGGUUGCGUUCUGGCAGAGAACAAAUUCGCAGGCCUGUCCCGUCUGUCGGGGAAUUUCAACUGCGACUGAUCUCAUUACCAACCGCACGCUAAGCAAUGUUGUGGAGAAGUUCGUGAAGGAACAAAUGAAAUACGGGGAAAGUAGUGAGGAGAUCUGCAGCCUACACGGAGAGAAACUGAAGAUGUAUUGCAUGGAUGAGAAAAUAUUAAUAUGUGUCGUCUGUCAGACAUCACAAAAACACGAGAGCCACAAAAUACGACCCUUACAGGAGGCUGCAGAACAGCUCAGGAGUGAGCUGCCACUUAUGGAGAACUGUCUGCAAGAUAAACUGAAGAAGUACAAGAAGUCCAUGCUAAAAUACAGUGUAUUAUUCGACCAUUUAAAGGAACAAGGCCAGAAGACUGAAAGACAGAUCAUGUCAGAGUUUAGCAAACUCAGGCAGUUCUUACAAGAUGAAGAAAACAGGAUCAUUGCUGAACUGAAAAAGGAGGAAGAAGAAAAGAGGAGUCUACUUGAGAAAAAUAUGCUAAAGAUUAAACAGUGCAUAGCAGACAUUAUGGUGGCUAUUACAAAACUGAAGGAAGAAAGCCAUUUAGAAGACAUCGAUUUUCUAAUGAAUCACAGUAGCAGAAAGCGAAGUGCUGCUUUUGUUGAUGAUAGCCCACCUAAAAUCCCACCUGGUGCUUUAAUUGAUGUUCCAAAGUAUGUGGGAGGUGUGCUGUACAAAACCUGGAAGAAGAUGCAGAGCUCCGUGGAAGCAAUGCCCUUCUACCUGGACCCCAAUACUUCUGGACCUUGGCUUACGGUUUCGGAGGACCUGAGUAGCAUGCAGUGCAUUGAAUAUAAACCACUUCCACAAAACCCUGAACGAUUUAAGCAGUACUCAUGCAUUUUAGGAUCGGAGGGCUUUUCAUCAGGAAUUCACACUUGGGAGGUUGAAGUUGGCAACUGCUUAAGCUGGGGCAUAGGUGUGGCUGAGGAAUCCAUAAACAGGAAAAAGCAGCAGGGUCAUGACAUUAGAACUGGAUUUUACUCCAUUGUGUUGAAGGACAGUCAUGAGUACAAGGCUCGAGAUUCACCAGGGACUGUCCUUUCUCUGCAACACGAGCCCAAAAGAAUCAGAGUACAUCUUAAUUAUAGUGGAGGGGAACUUUCCUUCCAUGAUAUCGAUACCCAGACCUUGAUUUACUCUUUUAAUGUCAUAUUUACUGGCAAAGUGUUUCCAUACUUCUACGUUGGCCCACCUACUGAUGACAAAGUUUAUAAACCUUUCAGAAUUUGUUCUAUGCCAGAGACCCUCUAAAAAGUGGAAGCUGACUACUUUUUAUCAACCUUGUUACCAGGAGAAUAUGAUCAUGUUCAAGGCUCUGGCUGGUCACCUUACUGCAGUCCUCACUGCUGAGUUAUAAAGAGUUCACAAAGUAGGAGAAGGCCUUUGUUAUCAUAGUCUUCCUUACCCUAGUCAGAUUGUUGAUAAAAAGGCCAUGUUUCUUCACCACGAGGAUUCUGGCAGACAUUUUAGUUUCUCUUGUGAUCAUAGUUCUUCACCAUAUUGCCUUUCAUGUAUGCUGUCAGGACUACUGAAAGUGACUUUGGUGUUUGCAUACUCUUGUUGAAUGGGACUGCUCAAAACUGUGCUGUAGGUGGCAGUGGGCUUCAAAUGCCAGUACAUAUCGUCAGUUCAGUGUGCUGUAACCACUGAGUUGUGUUACCAAAUGAAGGUAUUUAGAGCAGCAUCAUAUAACUGGGAGUGGCAUUUCAGAACAAAACUAGUAGCACUUGCAGACAGAAAAUUUUUUAACAGCACUUUAUUUCAAAAUUGAAUUUCAUUCUCUGUUGCUUGUUCAGACUUUUUUCCACCAGUGUUUCAUGUGGUGUUAGGAGGCAUCUUGACUGGUAGCAAACCCUGUACAGUUAUUUUCCUCCCAGUGUGCUGUUUGCAAAUUUUUUUCAUGACAAAGAACCACUGUUACUUGUCUGAUACCAUGUUAUUUAAAUUACCAACUAGGUAGUAGCAGAUUUUCUUAUUUAUUAUUUAUCAUUCAUUUAAGGAAGACAGUCUUCACAGAUGUCGUGGUCUUCAUGUAUCUUAUUAGACAGUCUUCCAUUUAACAAAACAGAGUAGUAUGUUUCUGAUGUAGGAAAAAGUAUCUGAAUGCAGGUUUAUUCUGAAACAAUAAUAAAUUAUCUCAUUUGACUUAAUCAUCUAAAUAUAUAUUUUAUUAACUGUUACCGUUACUUUCUGGAGUUUGUGAUAAUGCAUUCUGUUUCUACAAAUCAUCUGACUUUUUAGAAGUGUCAUUUCUGAAAUUACUUUUUCAGAAAAAUGUCUGUUGCAGUAAGUUGCUCUUUUUCAGAAAUAGAAAGUAGACCAGUACAAUCCCAAUAAACACUUGAACAUUAUUAAUGUAAAUGUAUUUUUUUAUAAUUUUAUGUGGCAUUUAGGUUUUGAAGACUUUAUCUUUACAGUACCUCUAAUUGUUGAAAGUCAUUUUAGCAGGUUCUCCACUGGUGGAUCACUGCUUAAAAAAUGUAUGCGCUUGAUAAUACUUUCAAGUUAUUAGAUAGCUUUUUGUGAGUACUGUUGCCCGCUCUGCCUGCUGACCAUCAAAUCUUCCCCUUUGCACUCAAGCCUAUCUUUUCUCCAUUGGUGGGGAGUCCGAAGAUCCGGCAGGGUGAGAGUUAUCCAGAUGGGACAUUGUUCAGGCAGCUUCCGGGAGUUUGUGCUCUUUCUGACAUCUUGCCAAAGAUUCUGUUUGUGUUCUUUCUUAACCACAUCCCUGGGCAGUGGGAAGAGCUUACCCACCUCCCCAUGGGCACUCACAGUGCUGCUCUUGUACAAGUGCACGCAUGCACUUGGUGAUGAGAGCUAUCACUAUUUAGUGGCUUGGUGAGCUAAAAACCCAGUCUAGGAUUUCCACUGCAUUGUCUCUCCUCCUUUAGCUCCAGCCAUGAUGGGCAUGGUCAUCUUCUCCUGCCAGCAUCAUUAAGUAGCAAAGGUGCUAAUCGGACUCUGGUUGCCUGGGCCAUUGUCAGAGUUGUAUCCUAUGUUAUGGCACUGACAAAGAGAGAGAAGAUUUGACUAAGGGAGACAGGAUGGAAGACAGGUAAAGAAUUACAGCAUAUGGCAUAGACAGCAUUUGCAAAUUUAUAUAGGUGGUGGAGAGAUGAGAGUGCAGGCCUCUUCGUGAUUUGGAGAGAGAGAGAAAUGAAAGCGGAAUAAGAGGAUGGCCAGAAUUCAUAGAUAUGUAGCACAUGACACAGUACUAAUUAGCUCCUGUAGCAGCCAAGUGCAAAGCGUUGGUGAUUCAGAGAGACUGCCAAAUACAUGUCUUAUUAUCUGUGAGACACUGUGCACACCAAACUGUGUGCACACAGUGAGUCCUAAUCAAUGAGUGAAAUAACUAGUAAGACAUGAACAGGGGAAACCGGCUAUAAUUUCAAAGUAAGAGAUAGGAGAAAUCAGUCAAAUGGAUGUAACCUGACAUAAGGCAUUGCCUUAUUCUUAUCUAGCUUGCAAUGGAUUCUUCGUACAUAGUGCAUUUUUGUGUUUUGCGUGGUAAAACACAUAUUUUCUCUAAUAGUGCUGAAUACGUUUGCAAAUUUAGUUUGUUACAAGAACUUGCUUGUCUGUGUGUUGCCAAGAGAGGGAUAUUAACACCUCUGCGGUGUGGAAUCAAAAAGCCUACAUACACCCUUGCAUUCCAGAGUAUUAUUUCAAAAAUCAGCUGAAAAAGCAUGCGAUAAACAAAUGUAAAUAUUUUGUGAAUGAUGAAAAUUAUUAAAACUGUACUAAUAGCAA